AUGGCUGCCAUGGCGUCCCACCGCGCCGCGUCAUCCUCCGCUGGCUUCGGCAGGCGCCACCAUGGUCCUUGCUGCUUCGUUGCCGCCGGCGUCAAGACGGCGGCGGCGGCGAGGAUUGCCUCGGCGCUCGACACGGAGACCACCACGGCGAAGCCCGGCGGCAAGUCCCGGGCGCGACGGGCUAGUAGGAAGGGAGGCGAGGGCGCCGGUGGCUCCUCCGCCGCGCCGCUGCUGCUUGCUCCCGACGGCGCCGAGCGUCGCGCAGAGGUGGUCAAGGGAGGGGCGCUGGUGGCGCUCGACGACGUGAUCGUGAACCCCGUGGGGCUGGGCCGCCGGUCGCGGCAGGUCUUCGACGAGGUGUGGCGCAAGUUCUCACGGCUCGGGCAGAUGCCCGCGGUGGCGGUGGCGGAGCUGGAGGAGGAGGCCGUCCUCUUCCGCGGCGGCGCCCCGAUGUGCGAUUUCGCCGUCCCAGGCGCGCAGGACACCACCGUCCUCGUCGUCGGCGCCACCAGCCGCAUCGGCCGCAUCGUCGUCCGCAAGCUCAUGCUCCGCGGCUACAACGUCAAAGCUUUGGUCAGAAGGAAUGAUCAAGAAGUGAUCGACAUGCUUCCAAGAUCUGUGGAAAUUGUGGUUGGUGAUGUUGGUGAUCCUUCUUCAGUUCAGUCUGCCGUGUCAGGUUGCAACAAGGUAAUCUACUGCGCAACUGCACGAUCAACAAUCACCGGUGAUCUUAACAGAGUUGAUAACCAAGGUGUGAGGAAUGUUACCAACGCUUUCCAGGAUUACUACAAUCAGCUGGCUCAGUCAAGAGCUGGUAAAAGCAGCAAGAGCAAACUGUUGAUUGAAAAAUUCAAAUCUGCCAAAUCUCUUCAAGGAUGGGAAGUGAGGCAGGGAUCAUACUUUCAGGAUAUAUAUCCUUCUAGGUUUGAUGAAGGCACCGAUGCGGCAUUGGAAAUCUCUGAAAAUGGACAGGCUGUUUUCUCAGGAUUUGUUUUCACAAGAGGUGGAUAUGUUGAAGUAUCGAAACGGCUUUCACUUCCGCUAGGUUCCACCCUAGACAGAUAUGACGGCUUUCUUCUAUCGGUGGGUGGAAAUGGAAGAUCAUAUGUCAUUAUUCUUGAGACUGGUCCACUGGCUGACACAUCACAGAGCAAGAAAUAUUUUGCUAGGAUGAACACUAAAGUAGGAUUUUGCAGGGUGAGAGUGCCAUUCUCAGAUUUCCGGCCAGUGAACCCACAGGACCCUCCACUUGACCCUUUUCUUGUACACACAUUAACCAUUAGGUUUGAACCCAAAAAGCAGAGACCUGGUGAUUCAUCUCAGGGAGCUAGUGACCCUAGAAACUUCCAGCUGAUAAUGGAAUUUAUAAAAGCUUUACCUACUGGCCAAGAAACAGACAUUAUUCUGGUUUCAUGCACAGGCUCUGGAAUUGAACCUAGCAGAAGAGAACAAGUCCUCAAAGCAAAGAAGGCUGGAGAGGAUGCACUGAGGAGAUCCGGCCUUGGAUAUACAAUUGUGCGCCCAGGUCCUCUGCAGGAAGAACCUGGUGGUCAGCGUGCUCUGAUCUUUGAUCAAGGGAAUAGGAUCUCUCAGGGUAUCAGCUGUGCUGACGUAGCAGAUAUAUGUGUCAAGGCAUUGCACGAUUCAACAGCAAGAAACAAAAGCUUUGAUGUAUGCUAUGAACAUGUCUCAAAGCAAGGGGAUGAGUUGUACGAACUUGUGGCUCAUUUGCCUGACAAGGCGAACAACUACCUGGCACCAGCUCUCUCAGUUCUUGAGAAGAACACCUGAUCAGUGGCCCAUCAGAUACUAUAUGAUUUUGGGCCACAUUGUUGUGCAUGUGUAUAUGAUUCGUCUUGUAAAAAUUUUCAUUUUUUUCAUAGAAACCAUGUGGAGUUCAGUAGUUCACUUGCUGCCAUGAUGACCGGCUCCAGCACAAAACUACAAAAGUGAGAAGUUGUUGACAGAAAAAAUCCAUGCUCGUGCUGCUUUUGCCAUGUCAGUAAAACCUGUAAAAUUUUCAGAAGAAGUGGGCAAGAGAACCGGGCCCACCCUUCGCAGUAGUUUUAAGUUUUGAAGAAGUAAUAAUGAGCAUGAGGUUGAAGUGUAUUUGUCUUCAAUUUUGUCGUACUCAAGGUGCUGCUUGACAAAUCUUGGAAUUAUAUUUCAAAGCUGAUUUUGAAUUUUGGGAUUUUGAUUUCACAAUUAGUUUUAGGGUU